CAGCCCCAGCCUGGGAGGAAGUUCUGUGGAGCGCUCUCCGCCGGUGCCUCUCUGGUUAUAUUGUUGAACAGGAAACAGGGCAGCGCGGGAGUCUGGCGGUGGAGGAGGGAAGCACCGGACGCCAAGCACCCACGCGCGCCAGGCCGGGGCAAGUGGAAGCAAGGCCGCGGGAAGACGCUCUAAGGUGCCCGGGCCGGAGGGAGGGCGGCGAGGGUGCCUCAGCCCCAGCUUGGCCUGGUGUCUCCAGCCUCGCCCCCAGAAGCCCCACCCUGGGAGAUGGUAGGAGCUGAAUCUGCAGCCCACCGCCGGCUCCGCCCAUCCAGCCCAUGGGCUCCCUGAGGCCCGCCCAGCCAACGGAAGCCAGGGGGGCCGCGCGAUGGCGGCGGACGUGGAGGGGGACGUGUACGUGCUGGUGGAGCACCCCUUCGAGUACACGAGCAAGGAUGGACGCCGCGUCGCCAUUCAGCCCAACGAGCGCUACCGGCUGCUGCGGCGCAGCACCGAGCACUGGUGGCACGUGAGGGGCGAGCCCGGCGGCCGCCCCUUCUACCUGCCCGCGCAGUACGUGCGCGAGCUGCCCGCGCUCGGCGACCCGGCCCCCACCCAGCCGCCUGCGCCCCAGCCGCGCCCGGCGGUCCCGGAGCCCCUGGCCUAUGACUACCGCUUCGUGAGUGCGCACGGGCUCCCCGGCCCCGAUGGCACCCCUGCGGACUCCCGUGGCCGAGCCAGCUCCCUGUGUGGCCCCGCGCGACACCGCACCGCAGACCCACGCCGCAGCCCAGCCCCAGGCCAGCCCUCCUGCCUGUACGUCCGGCCGCUUGCUCCAGUGCGGCCCGCGCAGUCCCUGGAUGAUCUGGCGCGCCCGGGCGCCGCGCCGUCCGCAGGCCUCCUCGGGAGUACUGGUCAUGCCAAGGCCUGCAGCGUGGCGGGAUCCUGGGUGUGCCCGAGACCCCUGGCGCGCAGUGACUCGGAGAAUGUCUAUGAGGCCAUCCAGGAUAUGCCCGGCCCCGCCCCGCCGCAGGAUGAGCGCCCAAAACAGGUGGAUGACCCCCCGGAGCCUGUGUAUGCGAACAUAGAACGGCAGCCCCAGGCCCCUUCCCCGCAUGUAGCUGUGGCCCCUCGCCCCAGCCCAGUGUGGGAGACGCACACAGACGUGGACACCGGGCGCCCCUACUACUACAAUCCCGACACGGGCGUGACCACCUGGGAGUCGCCCUUCGAGACGGCAGAGGGCGCCACCAGCCCGGCCACCUCACCGGCCUCAGUGGGCAGCCAGGAGAGCCUGGAGACUGAGUGGGGUCAGUACUGGGAUGAGGAGAGCCGCAGGGUGUUCUUCUACAACCCGCUGACGGGUGAGACGGCCUGGGAGGAAGAGCCUGAGGACGAUCCCGAUCCCGAGGACCACCUAGAGGACCAGCCCCAGGAAGAACUGGAGAUGCAGCCCUGCCUGAGCCCCAGUGGCAUCAGGAACCAGAGGCCCCCCACUCCUGAAACAGACUACCCCGAAUUGUUAACCAGUUACCCCGAAGAGGACUAUUCCCCCGUGGGCUCCUUCAAUGAGCCCAGCCUUGCCUCUUCCUUGACUGCACCUCCUGGCUGGUCCUGUCAUGUGGGCCCGGACAAGCAGAUGUUGUACACGAACCACUUCACCCAGGAACAGUGGGUCAGGUUGGAGGACCAGCAUGGGAAGCCAUACUUCUACAAGCCGGAGGACUCCUCUGUGCAGUGGGAGCUGCCCCAGGUCCCUGUCCCUGCCCCACGAAGCAUCUGCAAAUCUAGUCAAGACAGUGACACCCCAGCCCAGGCCAGCCCUCCGGAGGAGAAGAUCAAGACUCUGGACAAGGCAGGGGUGCUCCAUCGCACCAAGACAGUGGAUAAGGGGAAGCGGCUCAGGAAGAAGCAUUGGAGUGCCUCAUGGACCGUACUGGAGGGUGGUGUCUUGACCUUCUUCAAGGACUCAAAGACCUCAGCUGCAGGCGGCCUGAGGCAGCCCUCCAAGCUCUCCACCCCUGAGUAUACAGUGGAGCUGAAAGGAGCCUCUCUCUCCUGGGCCCCCAAAGACAAAUCCAGCAAGAAGAAUGUUCUGGAGCUGCGGAGCAGAGAUGGCUCAGAGUACUUGAUCCAGCAUGACUCAGAGGCCAUCAUCAGCACCUGGCACAAAGCCAUCAGCCAGGGCAUCGAGGAGCUGUCUGCAGACUUGCCCUUGCGGGAGGAGAGCGAGACUAGCAGCGCAGACUUCGGCUCCAGCGAGCGCCUGGGAAGCUGGCGGGAAGAUGACACGGGGCCGAGUGCAGCCUCUCUGGCGCUGAGCCCCGGGGGCCUGGAGAGCGACCUGAGCCGGGUCCGGCACAAGCUCCGCAAGUUCCUGCAGAGGAGGCCCACGAUGCAGUCGCUGAGGGAGAAGGGCUACAUCAGAGACCAGGUGUUCGGCUGUGCGCUGGCCGUGCUGUGUGAGCGGGAGCGGAGCCCAGUGCCGCGCUUCGUGCAGCAGUGCAUCCGCACCGUGGAGGCCCGGGGACUGGACAUUGAUGGGCUGUACCGCAUCAGUGGAAACCUGGCCACCAUCCAGAAGCUGCGCUAUAAGGUGGACCAUGAUGAGCGCCUGGACCUGGACGAUGGGCGCUGGGAGGACGUCCAUGUCAUCACCGGCGCCCUGAAGCUCUUCUUCCGGGAGCUUCCCGAGCCCCUCUUCCCCUUCUCCCACUUCAGCCAGUUCAUCGCGGCCAUCAAGCUGCAGGACCAGGCCCAGCGCAGCCGCUGUGUGCGCGACCUGGUGCGCACCCUGCCCGCCCCCAACCACGACACGCUGCGGCUUCUCUUCCAGCACCUGUGCAGGGUGAUCGAACACGGCGAGCAGAACCGCAUGUCGGUGCAGAGUGUAGCCAUUGUAUUCGGGCCCACGCUGCUGCGGCCCGAGACGGAGGAGGCCAGCAUGCCCAUGACCAUGGUGUUCCAGAACCAGGUGGUGGAGCUCAUCCUGCAGCAGUGCGCCGACAUCUUCCCGCCGCACUGACCGCCGGACGUGGCACGCAGGACGACGACUGUGGUCCUCCGCCUCAGGCUGGCAGCUAGAGGCCCGGGAGGCUGGAGGCUGGACUUCCUCUCCAAGACCCUCUGUCUCCUACCCAGGCGCAGGCGUGGCGGUUUCUGUAGCUCCCGGGUAGGAGGGUAGGGCGACCCCUGGUGGGCAGUCCGUGAAAUGUGAUUCAUUCCUCCCCCCCCCAGCCACCCAUCCCUAAUAUUGAACUCAUUACGUUCUGAUCUUUAUUACAGCGCCACCUACUGUGCAAGUGAGAGAAUGCAAGAGGGUUGGGUAAUAAGCUUUUUUUGUUUUUGUUUUGUUUUCUGGGGCAGCCUGUUGGGAGGAGGAAUUUGGUGAGGGGCUUCUGGGUUUUUACCAAUUCAGGCCUUCAUGAAGCACCUAAUAACAUGCCUGCUGCAGGCCAGCCCAGGCAGAACUUGACCCUGACCUUUGGCCUAGGAUGCUGCUGAACCUGCCUUCCUCUGGUCUCAGGAAUGACAGACUUUCCUGGGCCUCCUUCCCUAAACCACCGGUUUUGUCUACAAGGGUUUUUUUUUUUUUUAAACAUCCACUGGAUGUGUACCCUGUACCUAUCACCUUGCUACACGAAGGCAUGUCCUGCCUGGCCAAAGAGGGAAAUUAUAAUCAACUUUUAUUUCUUUGGUGGAGUGGUAGCACUUGAUCAGAGUCCCCAACCCUAUGAGCACCUUGGCUGUCAUAAGCAACUGGUGCCUUCCUUGCUGUGAAGAGCCAGGCAAAGCCUGCAGAGUGGAGACAGGGGGGAUAGCUUCAGGAAAGGAGGGGGGAACAGCAGAGUCCCUUCCCUCCUUUUAGACAAAGCACCUCACUUGAGGAUCUCAGCCCCCGGCUCCACCCCUUUCAUCAGUUCAACAAACAAUAAUACCUGAUAUUUAUUGGGCUUUAGCACCAUGCCACACAACCUACUUGGGUGAUCCCAUUUGUUUCUUAAAGUCAGUAUUUAUUGUGUGCUCUCAUGCACCAGGCACUAUGCUCUGGGGCAGGGGUACUACACAUGCCUGCUGCCCUGACAGGGCUUAGGUUCUAAUAGACCCCCAGCCUACUCUGAUGCCAGCAGGACUGGGCAAGAGAACAAAUGGAUGCCUCCUAUCGGUUUUUUUUUUCUGCCUAUUUAAAAUCUACAAAUCAAGCUAACAACUGUUCAAUAAAAUAUGUUCUAUUCUCCUA